CAUCCCUAAUAAUAAAUCCCCUCGCUGAUUUACCUCUGCUUUGUACCUGUUGUUGUAGUUCUUCUUCUUCUUGGCGCGUCGUUUUGUCUUAGCACUUUUCCGAAUGAGGGGAUAACUUAAAGAAAAUCCCCAAAAUGGCCCAGUACACGCCUCACCAGCCGCUGUCCACGCCCACCGCCCAGGAAUUUGGAUUUCCCCACACACCAUAUGGCAUCCAGGAGCAGCUGAUGCAGGAGCUCUUUGAAGUGCUCGAAAAGGGGCAGGUGGGCAUAUUCGAGAGUCCCACGGGCACGGGCAAAUCCUUGACCCUCACCUGUGGCUCACUCACCUGGCUUGCGAGGCACGAGGAACUGGUUAGGGCGGAAAUGCUGGCGAGGAUUGGCGGUGCCAAACUGGAGCUGGCUGAACUGGAAAAGCAGAGCGAGCAGGCGCAGGAUUGGCUUGAGAGCCAGGCAAAGUCAAGGACACAGCGGGAGGAGCUCCAAAAGCUGCAGCACAUGCAGCAGUUGCUGGACAAACAAGAGCAGCAGCUGGUGGAUAUCAGGAAGCGGGCUAGAUCCUUUAAGCAAAGCAGAAAGCAGCGGCCCGUGGAACCGAGCCAGGAAUCCAACUCCGACACGGAUUCGGAGCAUGAAACUGCCGAUGAACCAGAGGAAACCAGCGAGGAUCACUAUCGCCCAGUGCAAAUAUUCUUCUGCAGUCGCACCCACUCGCAAUUAACCCAAAUAAUUUCAGAGCUUCGCAAAACUCCAUAUGGUCAGUCGGUAAGAUGCAUUUCCCUGGGCUCCCGGCAGCAAUUGUGUGUUAACAGCCAGGUGCGUAGCCUCAAACAAGUGGCUCUGAUGAACGAGCGGUGUUUGGACAUGGCCAGCAAGAGCAAAUCGCAGCCCAAUCCCAGCAAGAAAAGUCGCCUGGCGACAGGGGCAAGCAGUAGAUGUCCGUUUAAGGCUGCUUCCCUGGUGGAUUCGCUGAGGGAUUUGGCUCUAAGUGAACCCCUGGACAUUGAGGAGUUGGCCAGCCAAGGAGCCGCCUGUGGUGGCUGCUCCUACUACGCAUCCCGAUCCGCUCUGGAGCAGGCCCAACUGAUAUUACUGCCCUAUCAGCUGCUGCUCCAGAAGUCCGCCCGUCAGCAGCUGGGCAUUAAGCUCAAAGGAUCCAUCGUUAUUGUCGACGAGGCACACAAUCUUUUGGACACUUUGGCCCAGUUGCAUGGCGUUGAAAUCAACCGGCAGAGGCUGGAGCGAGCUAGAGUGGAGAUCUCGGGCUACAAGGAGCACUUUCAGAAACGAUUUAGCACCAAGAAUCUGUUGAAAAUCAACCAACUCAUCUAUAUAGUUCGGCGGUUGCUUAAGGCACUCGAUCCGGGCGACAACACGCAGCCCAACUGCUCGAGAAUGCUGCGCACGUAUGAGCUAACGGCCGAGGGAGACUUUUUCAACAUCGAUCUCUGCGAGCUAUUGGAUUUUUGUGCGCGCACUCGUUUCGCCCGGAAAGUCCAAGGACAUGCGGCCAAGAUGCAGAGGGAACCACAGCCCAGUGAGAAUCGGCCACCGACUUUGUCAUCGGCCAGGAGCCUGAUCCUCCAGAGAUUGGCCAGCGAGCAAACGGAAAAGGAGAAAACGAAGAAGCAGGGCAAGAGGAAGCUAGAGGAAAUGGCCGAUUCGGUGGAGGAGCGGCAGGAAAAGGAGGAGCCGCACCUGGAAUUACCUCCCUCACCCAUCAGACCAUUACUGGCGUUUCUGGAAACCCUUACCAGCAAUGCGGAGGAUGGCAGGAUUUUAUUAGACCCCCAACAGGGAACCUUCAAGUACCUACUACUCGAUCCUGCAGAACAGUUUGCCGAUAUCCUGGACGAAGCUAGAGCGGUUGUGGUUGCUGGUGGCACCAUGCAGCCCACUCAGGAGCUGAAGGAGCAGCUGUUUACCAGCUGCAAGGAUCGUCUGGUGGAGCGCUUCUACAGCCAUGUGGUGCCCGAAGAUGCAGUCCUGCCCUUUGUGGUAUCCAAUGGUCCAAACCGUGCGCUCUUACGUUUUAACUUUGCCCAGAGGGCUAGUCCAGAAAUGCUACAGGAGCUCUCGAUGAUCCUCCAGAAUCUGUGCCAAGUGGUGCCAGGUGGAGUGGUUUGCUUUUUGCCUUCCUACGAGUACUUAGAUAAGGUCUACAAUUAUCUGGAGCAAUCGGGAACCCUUGAGCGGAUUUCCCGCAGGAAGACCCUGUUCCGGGAGGUGUCUGGAUCAGCGGAGCAGCUAUUGGUGAAAUAUGCGCUGGCCAUAAAGGCAGCGGGAUCAGGAGGAGCCCUACUUCUGAGUGUCGUUGGAGGAAAGCUCUCCGAGGGCCUGAACUUCGCCGACGAUCUGGGCAGGGCAGUUCUAGUGGUGGGUCUGCCAUAUCCCAAUCGCCAGGCGCCGGAACUUCAGCAGCGAAUGCGGCACUUGGAUGAGAAACUGGGACCCGGAUCGGGCAAUGAAUUCUUCGAGAAUCUCUGCAUGAAGGCGGUCAACCAGUGUAUUGGACGAGCAGUUCGUCACAUUAAGGACUAUGCUUGCGUUUAUCUUCUGGAUGAACGCUAUGCGAAUGCCGGGAUUCGGAGAAAACUGCCCGAAUGGAUUUCCCGACACAUUGUGGAGGCGAGUGCUGGGAAAGGAGGCUUUGGAGCAGUUCAAGCGCAAACUGCUAAGUUUUUUAAGAGUAGGUAACGAAUCUCUUAACCCAACUGUGGCAAAGGUCCUCUAAAAAUUGUAUUAUUGCAUUAUAAGUCUCAUUAGGUUAUAGCCUUAAAUUAAGGCAAGGGGUUGAUAUUAUUACGUUCGUAAAAAAAAUCAUUGAGUUUACAAUUAUUUGAAGUCAUUAAAUGUAUAUUCAUUAAGGCAGUCUUAAAUUGUAUUAUUGCAUUUAUGGUUGUAUUAAAAAUUGUUUUGACUUAAGGCAAGGUUUAUU